CUCACGCCCAUUUUGGUCCAUAUCUCGCUAGCCGGACUGCUCCCACUUCUCCACAGUCUGGACUCUCAGCCUUCAAUACUCGGAUGCCGGCCAACAUUUGUGCUGCCCAUAUCUAUAUCAACUUUGGAUGCGACUCCAUUUCUGUCACAAACAUCGAACUAUUAAUCACUCCAGACGGCACAUUAACAUCACGCGGAAAGCAAAUUGUUCUAGAUCUCAAGACUCAAGGCCGAGAGGAUGGAGUAUUUCAUGGAGCCGCGAAAUCAACCAAGCGAGUCUAGGCCUUCUCCGUGCACAGCCGCGAUGAGCAGUCCAGGAAGCGCCGACCUUGCUUAUCAGAUUGCUCCUCAGGCACUAGUACUCCUUCGGUGCUUAUUUGCUCAGGGUCUACGGCGAUGUCGUGAUCAGGAUCGAUCCGAGGUGUAACUGAUCAUCCUUUUGACUGACUCUGUUGACAGUCACUAGUUCGCAAGAAUGUCAAACAAUGUCCUGGCAAGUGCGGACUCCGCGACAAAUUCCGCGACAGCGCAUCGCACAGGGCAAGGUCGGCUCCUUUCAAUAAUGAUACUAAUCCGGCACAAUUCCACAGCGAACCAUCUGUGGAUCAUAGUGUGGUCUGACCAAGGGCGGCACAUACCCCACGAUCCAGCCAAAAUCACCAGAUUCUUUCUGUGUAACCUCAGAUGUUUGGCGUCUGGAGACGGGUAAUGGGGUAUCAAGGCAGGAACGAGCCCCAUGGUCGAGAAAGAAGAGAUACCGGAAGUGAGCCAUUUCUGUUGCCGUCCAGCUGCGUACUUUUCGGCCUUGCACAACCCGCAAAGCAUGCACCAUCAACCUGCGACUUGGAUGGUAACGGCACCAUUCGCAGGUUGCCGCGCAAGAAUCUUCGCCUUCUCUUUGCUCCGCCGAAUCCGUUGCUAUCGGUCGGCAAGCGAAUGAGGAAUAUACCCGAACCAUGUUCGGGUGAGGGGACACUGUCCAAGCCUGGUCCCAACAUCAUAUGAGGACUUUGGAAGCUCUCAAUGUUUGAUGCGCGGAACGUGUUGGACGACGGCUUGCCUCCGGAGUUGUGGCCGGCGGAAGCAGAGCUUCGAGCAACGGCGAACAACACUUAUAUGACGCUCAUCAACGUCUUAUUUUACGAGCUUCGAUGAUGAUAUAGGUACGGAGAGAUCGUGCAAGGUAGGGAUGAUAUCUACCGGGCAUUCGUACUCUGAAGAUUGCGUGGACUGGAGUAGCAGAUGCCUGCUUCUUCCUGUCGGAUGAAGUCCAUAGGCACUGUUCCUUUGAAGCUGAUGGGAGCUACCUUGCUGAGCAGAGUCCUCCACACGGCUUCGGGCGAUAUCACCUAGGCACUCUUUUCUGUCUAGCACAGUACUACACCCAUUGUGGCUUAUGCUCGCCGUUCGAAAACAAAUCCAUCACAUGCCAGGGCUUCCUGCGGAUAAGGAAUUCCGAUGUUCGGCUCUCCAAGUCUAUGAUACCAGGUAUCCUUGAGUCCGUCCACUACGCCGCGGAUGGAUGCCUGCAGCCCGAGGGUUUCGUUUGAUGGCAGUACGGCUAAAGGGCUAAAGACAAGGUCGUUUUUGCUACAAGGCUGUCUGAGGCAUACCACAUGGGGACCGCAAAAUUUUCUCGUGGGGUUCCAUCGACAGAAAAAUCGCGCGGGUGUAGCCGAAAGUGUGUGCCACAAUACUAUUUCCGCCCUUGUAUGGAGUGUGGUGUACUCAGUACUGUGUAGGUAUUGAUUGCCACAUGUCAGAGUACCCGUGCCGCUGGUACGAUGGGCGUGGACACUAUGAAAUCCUCCACCUAUGGCACCUUAACCAGCAUCCUGUGGUCCCAGACGAAUGUACCGGGUCUUCCUGGCAUGUGAAAUGAGGCUGCAAUGAUUAUGAUAGCGGGCUUCGAAACCCCGAUAGGCAGACCAUCUUAUUUUUCUUCACCCAUGAUGGCCCCCUUCGGCAGACACUGAUCAUUGAUUUGAGAAAUUACCGUUCGGCAUUUCUUCGGUGCCUCA